AUGGCGCUGUUACAUAAAAAGGUUUCGGAAAUUCCGGAAGACGCUAUCCGCUUGAGUGAGGAGGAUGCAAUACAAUACUUCAUGAACUUGGUGAAAAACUGGGAAAACAAGUCGGAAGUCUGGCCAAUCGUUUACACGCCCGGGAUACUUGGCGCCGGCACGGUAUUUUGUGGAUUUUACAUCAACAAUUACUAUCGAAGGGUGCUGAAACUUGGCAAUUAUGGCAAAUUCUCAAGCUAUUUGCCAGCGGUAGCGCUACCGGCGAUCAUGGCCACCGUAUUUCACUCCACGUUCGUGCUACCAGAAGUAGUGCUGCGAAAGGAACUAUGUCCGGUUUGUCUGCAAACUCGUGCUGCUGCAUUACAAGGUGCAUUUGCAGUGGCAUAUCCAAUGAUGCUAGUGCCGCUCUCAUCAUUUAUGUUUGCCACUCGCCAUUUCACGUACCGUCUGCCAUCCAUUACUGAGAAACCUAAGGAGGUGUUUAAACUGUAUAAAAAAUUAUCCGGGCCUAUUAUGCUGCCGAUUACGAUGAUGCUUGCAUUCAACGUUGCACUGACCAUUUUCUUGACCGGUAAAGAGUUCGAAACGGUUUAUAAGAUAAACUUUCGGUUGCUUGAGAUAGAACGGCAAAUCGAGGAGCAGGCUGCGUUUGUUGAUUAG